AUGAUCACAGCCAUCCAGAGGAAUGGUGUCCAUAUCCGUCACCUCGUCUGUUCACCCGACAGCAAUACCAUCCUGCGCCAAAUCACGCCUCAAUGCUCGGCAGUCGAGACUCUCGUCUUGGGCAAGAUCACCCCCGAGGUCCUGCCUAUCCUCCGGCUCUGCCGUAACACUCUCACACGCCUCGAAAUGACCCCAAACCCUCACUCCAAUUCAACAGCCACGCUCACCCAGACCUAUCAGCGAUCACUCUCCGUCCUCGGAUACAGUCAGGUCCUCCCGCGAUCCGAAACUACCGCUCUUCUUAGUGCUAUCCUCGACCUGCCACAUCUUGAUCAUCUGGUCCUUGACUACCUCGGACUCCGGGAUCCGGCACAAGUUUUGUCGUUUUUUGAUUAUUGCAAGAGACUAUCGACCCUCGAGCUUCACAACAAUGCUGUUCUCGUACAGGCACCGCACGAUAUAGAGCUCGGCUGUCUGCGGUCACUCUCAUUGAUCGACAGCUCCAUGCCGCUGGCGGAUCAAAUGUUGCUUUUCCUACAGUGUCCAAAUGUGGAUCAUGUCAUCUGGAGGAAAGAUGAGGCGGCGAUCCCGAUCCAAGCUUUGAGUCGAACCUGGAGCAGCGGACUACGACCUUUGAAACUUUUGGAUGUCGCUAAUGUGAAAGUACCGGACGAGGGUCUGGCAGAGGCGUUGGCUCAUUUCCCACGACUUGAGCAAUUCAUUGCACGAGACACGCUCUUUGGUUCUCUUUCGAAACAGGCUAUUGUUGACGCCAUGCGAUCUACACUGGAGGUAUUGGAUCUGGUUGACAGCCCAGCAGCUACAUCGGAGGUUGUGACAGAGAUCAUGUCGCUGUGCUGGUCCCUCAAGAGCAUCAGCGCCGACAGCUUGCGAGUUCUGGAUGUUUUGGAGAACAAGUGGGUCUGUGGCGAUUUGGAAGAACUGCGGGUCGUUUUUAUUGGACCUUCUGUGAUGUCCAAGGCUGCGACCCAGUUGGCGAUCUACAACCGGCUCGCAACCCUGAAACGACUGAGACUGUUGAGUUUGGGCAGGCAUGGGUCUACAUCGAGAUGGUCUGUCCGGUCGAUCUUGGACUUGAGUCUCAACCAUGGACUCGGUUUGUUGGCACCGUUAACAGAGCUGCGAGAAUUUGAUUUCUGUCAGAUGUAUCACAGCAUUGGGAUGGAUGAGGUCAAGUUUAUGCUCAAGAGUUGGCCAAGACUGGAAGUGAUGCAUGGGAUCCUGAGCACGGACAGGGACCGCACAGCUUUCAUGGAGAGCUAUAUUCAGCAUGUUCGACCUAGUGUUAGUGUCAAGCAUAACUUGAAGUACCAACGCGCUUCAGGGCGCGAUUGA